AUGUUGUUUUCAGGAUUGGAUAUUCACCGGCCACCAAACGACAAAUCGAUCAGCGGCAUUGCCCGCCUGUACGGCGUGUGUGACUCGCUGAACAGCUGCUUGCUAGCUGAGGGUACAGACUUUUCGGCUGUCUACAUUGGAGCGCACGAAAUCGGCCACGGCCUCGGCAUGCUGCACGAUGAGCCGGAAUGCAGCAGCGACUUCAUCAUGUCCGGUUCGCUGGGUGCCGGCAAGACCGACUGGUCGACAUGCAGCGUGAAGAACUUGAAAAACUUCAUCGCCAAACUUGAUUACUAUGGAAAAAACUGCAUGCGAAUCACCAGUCACAAAUUGUCAGAGAAUCCGACCCAGCUGCCGGGUCAGAAGUACUCAGCGAAUAAGCAAUGUUCCCUUAUGCAUGGAAACGGAUAUAAAAAGGUGCUGGCUACGAAUGAAGAUGAGGAUAGCAUUUGUAGGAUGAUGUGGUGCGGAUUGAGAAACUGGGGACGAAUAAUAACAUCGCAUCCCGCUUUAGAAGGAACCUCUUGCGGCCACAAUAGGUACUGCAUCAAGGGCCAGUGCACAGACGACAACACCAUCGUCCUUUCAAGAGUAAGCGCUCCCGAAAAUUCAGACUGGUCUGAAUGGUCGUCUGUUGCAUGCGGUGACUGCAGUUGUCCGCCAUUUGAAUCUAGCAUUGGAGUGGUGUCGUCCACCCGCAGCUGCAGUUAUUCAACUCCGGAAAACGAUGGUACCGACUGUCGAGGCGACAGUAUUCGCGGAAUUGUGUGUAAAGCGAAUUGCGGUCCUCCUGAGACGACUCUAGAACGUUAUAUAGAGCAAGUAUGCGCUGGCCACAGGAACAAAGACAUUUCGAACGAACUGACAGGCAAAGGAGUUCAACUGACGCGGUUUGAGUCAAGAGCAUGCAAGAUAUUUUGCGAUGUGAAAGGCCGAAGCUACGACUCGAAGAACUUUCGUUUCCUUGGAGACCUUCUGCCAGAUGGCGCUCUAUGUGGCGAUGGAAAAUAUUGCGUUCGAGGGAGAUGUGUGCAUUUUUUCUGCGGGGAUGCCCCUUUUAUCUGCGACAAUACCACUCUGGCGUCCAGCAUUGAGAGUUGUUAUAGAGGUACGUACGGCGUGUUUUAA